UUCACGCCUCUUUUUGCUGUACUACAUAAACCUCACACCGGUCUACAGAGGACACAGUUCACCUGUGUAAGCUGCCAGUGUGACAAUGAAGAUCACUGUGAUUUUCCUGUUGCUGCUGCUGGUCUGCUCUGGCUCCACUGAUCAGAAUAAGACGGAGGCAGAAAAAGAAAUUCUUGCACAGCAGAUCACAUCCCUACAGUCUUUACCACAAGACAUCCUUGCUGUGCUGAGAGAGAUGGCUGUUACUUUGACUCAACAGAAGUUUGACAUAAGAUUGCUACAAACAGAGAAUAAAGAGCAUGCAGCAAAGCUGAAAGAACUGCAGGAGACUGAGUGUAAGAAGCAGGAGACUGAGGUUGACAAGCUGAAGCAACAGCUGAAAGUUGGACAGGUGGCUUUCUCAGCCUCUCUGUUGGCUACAGGCAGCGGAUAUGUCGGACCCUUUCCCAAACAAACUACUCUGAUCUUCAAACAUGUCGAUACAAACAUUGGAAAGGCCUACAAACCAGACACAGGUAUUUUCACUGCACCAGUGAGAGGAGCCUACCACUUCGAGUGGUACAUAGGAGGUCCUCAUUGUGCAGCAGCUGUGUUGGUCAAAAACUUACCGUACAACACAUUUUUGUCACAUCUGAAUAUCAGCCAUCCCAUUAUGGGUCUUCUGCUAAUGGGGUUACACUGCUCCUAG